AGUGGAGCUCGCCGUAUCCCGGCGUUGACCGCCGGCCCUAGACAACCUCAAACCUGCCUGUAACCACAUCAUCAAGCUAAACCUCGAAUAUCCGAUCAUGGUUAAGCCAUUGACAUUCAAAGGCGACAAGAAAGUCAAGAAGCGCAAGCGAACAGACCCCGAGAAAUCCCAACGCGAUGGCGUAGACGACGAAGCUGGGCAGUUGCAAAAGACGGGCGAAGAUGCAGAGAAUGACGACAGUUGGGUUUCUGCUGAGGCAGCGACUGAUGUUGUUGGGCCGAUCAUGAUUGUUUUACCGACGGAUGAACCGUCGGCGCUGGCGUGUGAUACGACUGGGAAGGUGUUCACGAUUCCGAUUGAGAAUAUCGUUGAUGGGAAUCCUACGACGGCGGAACCGCAUGAUGUGCGACAAGUCUGGGUCGCGAAUCGCGUUGCUGGAACAGAGAACUUUCGCUUCAAAGGCCAUCACGGAAGAUACCUCUCCUGCGACAAAAUCGGUCUCCUCUCAGCCACCUCCGAAGCCGUAUCCCCCCUCGAAUCCUUCAACGUGAUCCCCACCGGCGACACCCCCGGAACCUUCCAACUACAAACCCUGCGCGACACAUUCCUCACCAUAAAAGCACCCAGCAAAGCCUCCUCUAAAGCCGUAGACGUGCGCGGCGACGCAGACACCAUCUCGUUCGACACAACGUUUCGGAUAAGAAUGCAGGCGCGGUUCAAGCCCAAGUUGCGCGCGUCAAAGGAGGAAAAGGCGUUGGCGAAGAUUAGUCGGAGGGAGUUGGAGGAGGCGGCGGGGAGGAGACUGGAUGAGGAUGAGGUUAGGAAGUUGAAGAGGGCGAGGAGGGAGGGCGAUUAUCAUGAGGCGUUGUUGGAGAUUAAGGUGAAGAGUAAGCAUGAUAAGUUUAGUUGAGGGUACAAAGGUCAUGGAAGAAAGACAAUGGGGAUAUCCGUGGUUCAAAAUCAGAGACUGCUGUGAGUAUUGAUGCCUACGGUGUCUGGUGCUUUCGGCUAACGCCUUGUCUUAGCAAAGGCCACCAACAGCUGGCUCAACAUUCAUGAAUUCAAAAGUUAGGCGGACUUGGAUGGCUGGGUCGACGGAGACUACUGCUCGUACCUAAAAACAGAUAAAGUGUGCUUUGGUCGAAGCUUAUGCAGCCAAACACUUACAUCGAAUAAUACAUAAUGAAAUUGCAUCUUCAACAAAAGACACCGUCCCUUCAUGAUUCGGGGGGCAAUUCUGAACGAACUGAAAUGAGCGUAUUACCUCUCAGUAACAUGUCCUCAAUUGAGAUAUGCCAAAACAUACACUCUGCCG